GCCCGGCCCGGCCUCCUCGGGCCGCCAUGGCCGCGCCCGCCGCGGGGGACGAGCUGCCCGUGCCCGAAUCAGGUGCUGUUUUCACAUUUGGGAGAAGCAAAUUUGCAGAAGAUGUUCCUAGCAAGUUCUGGUUCAAAAAUGACAAGCCUGUACUUAUAUCAUGUGGAGAUGAACAUACCGCUAUUAUUACAGGGAAAGGUAAACUGUACAUGUUCGGCAGUAACGACUGGGGCCAGUUAGGACUGGGAUCAAAGAGCACUGUCAGCAAACCAACAUGUGUUAAAGCUUUAAAACCAGAAAAACCAAAACUUGCUGUUUGUGGAAGAAAUCACACUUUAGUUUACACAGAAAAAGGAAAUGUGUAUGCUGCUGGAGGUAACAGUGAAGGUCAGCUGGGAUUAGGUGACACAGAAGAAAGGACCACAUUUCAUUUAGUAAGUUUUUUCACCAGCCAGCACAAGAUCAAGCAGCUAGCAGCUGGAUCAUACACCUCAGCAGCAGUAACUGAGGAUGGGCAGCUUUUUGUGUGGGGUGAUAAUUCAGAAGGUCAGAUUGGCUUGGCCAAUGAAUCCUAUGUCAGUGUCCCCUGUCGAGUGGAUGUUGGAAAACCUGUUUCCUCUGUAUCCUGUGGAUAUUAUCACUCUGCCUUGAUAACAGGAGAUGGUGAGCUCUAUACUUUUGGAGAACCUGCAAAUGGUAAACUGGGAUUAUUGCCUGAACAGCUGAAGAACAAUAGAGUCCCACAGCCUGUACUGGGAAUUAUGGAAAAAGUUAAUAAGGUUGCUUGUGGUGGAGAGCACACAGUGGUGCUGACAGAGACAGAUGUCUAUACUUUUGGACUUGGACAAUAUGGGCAGCUGGGCCAUGGUACUUUUGUUUUUGAAUCUUCAGUGCCGAAGUCUGUGAAACACUUGAAGAAGCAUAAAAUACGUAACGUUGCAUGUGGGGAAAAUCACACUGCUGUAAUAGCAGAGAAUGGCCUCAUGUUCACUUUUGGAGAUGGACGACAUGGCAAGCUGGGCUUUGGAGAAGAGAGUUUUACAAACCUGUUUGAUCCCACUCUGUGUUAUAAUUUCUUGAAGUUCACAGUGCUUUUGGUUGCUUGUGGUGGUUGUCACAUGCUGGUUUUUGCUGCUCCAAGACCUAAAGGAUCUGAAGAAAUACCCUUAGAAGAUUUAUAUGAGAAUCCUUUGACUGCUACUAUCCCUAAAAUGAGCGGGGACUUUGUACUGGCAGACACCUUACAACUGUCAGCAGCACGAAUGCGACGUCGGGAGAGGGAAAGGUCACCAGAACAGUUUAUUCGAAUGGCACGAACUCUGCCUCCACUGGGAAAAAGCUUCUUAAAAUCUUCAUUGCCUGUGACAAGCAACACUACCCCAUUCAGUUUUUCUGCAACAAGUCUUCCUAAAGCUGAAUCUGUGGCAGAUGGAGACAGUGAAAAAGAAAAUGAUCAUCAAAAGGGUAAACCUGGUGAAACCUCUGCAGAAGAAGAUUCAGAUGAUGACAGUACUGACAGAAAUCUUGGAGAUACAACUGACAUCCUAAAUAUGACACAUGCAAUGAAAUUGAAUCCCAGUGACUGGUCCAUAGAAUUAUCACCACUCCAGAAACAGAAGGAGUCACAGGCUGAGGGAGACAGUGAGAAUGAGGAAGAAGAAGAGGAAGAGGAGGGAGAAGAGGGAGUGCAGGAAGAAGAAGAAGAAAAAGAGGAAGAAGAAGAAGAAGAAGAGGAAGAAGAAGAAGAGGAAGGAGAAGGGGAAGAGGGAGAAGAAGAAGGGGAAGAGGGAGAAGAAGGGGAAGAGGGAGAGGGGGAAGAAGAAGAAGAGGAGGAAAGGGAUGAAAAAUAUGCAAAAGAGAAACCUAGUAAAACACCUGAGGGAGAGAAAAGCAGUAAUAGCACAAUGGAAACUGGAGAGACAGAAGAGACUACUCAGAAAGAGACCAUCAUUCAGCAGGAUGAAGAAAGCACCAACAAUCAUACUGUGAAAAAUUCUUCAGAGAACAAUGAUGACCAAAUAACUGGAGGAAUUGUUGGGAGAAAAAAGUUUUCCCUGUUUAAGCGAAAGCCACUGACAGGCCAGAAGAAUGUAUGUAGCAGAAAGGAAGACAGAUCUGAAAAGCCAUUACAGACUGAAGAAAAAGAAAAGGAAGAUUUACCUGGUGAAGACAGUAAGGAUGAAAAUCAGAAUCAUACAUUGGAGAAUUCCAGUGAAACUGUGACUAACCAGGACAGAAGGAUGAAAGUUAAUACAUGUAUGUUACUCUAACACUGUUAUAAUAUGUGAGAAUGUGACAGUCUUAAAGCACAUAGUGCAAUUUUUACUUGAAAACAGUUAUGACUUGCAAUGUUGGUAGCUGCUCUUUUUGAUUGAUUUGAUUACUGUAAUUUUAAAUAGGCAGAUGAUUUUCUUGAUAUUUAUUGGUAAUUUUAAUUGUUUAAAUUGAUAUACUUAUCAGCACCUUGCUGGAGUUCUGUGGCCUUACCUGUUGGUGUUCUAAAACAAAAUGUGGGGGUUGUGUGUGAAAAGUUGAAUACAGUCAUUUUAUGGUUUUUUUCUAAAUAAUUUUAUUCUGCGCCAGUCUACAGAGUACCACUUUCGGUAUGAUACUCUUGCAAAAUUAUAUCUGAUGUAAGAUAUUAUUUGAUUUAACAACUUAGUUAAGAAUAUUGGGGGUACUCAGUUACUUACAAACAUGUUUUGACUUAGAAAAGUAGCAAUAGAACUUUCAAGUUAAGGUGUAGGCCAUUAUGGAAGAAGUUACUUGAGUUCAUGCCUAAUUUCAUGUAUGGCAGCAGUCCCAUAGGGAACAGUACCUAAGAGAAGUAUGUAAGAAAAUAUGUAAGUAACUAUCCUGCCAAACUGGCACUUGGAGAAACCUUUUAUUUCUGAGAGGUGCUGAACACCUUUACUCCUGCUGAGAUCAGAAUAAGCUGUUGGGCCUCUCUCCUCACAGGAUCAGGCCCAGUGAAAACUGGACAUCCUCACUCUUGUUUCGCUUGGAUUCUAAUCCUAUAUUCUUUGAACAUCCAUAUCUAGUGAAGCUUUUCUUACAGGAAAAUAAUGUAACCAGAAUUACUGUGGCAUAUAUUGGUAUGCCAGACAGAUCAUGGUGGGAUAAAUAUUCAUGAUUUUCUCAGGCAGCUUGGCUUUUCUUCAAAUAGAGACUUUGCAGCAGGAGCAAUGAAUCUCAUUAUUGGUAUGGAAGAGCAGAAUGUUUGCUUUUUCAAUUAGUAGAAGAGGCAGAAGUCACAAACUGACUAUCUGAUUACUGACAUUCCCACUAAAUGAAAUUUGAUUUCUCAAUUUAGUCAGGUGAAUAAUAAAUAUAACCCUUAGAAUCAUAGAUAUAUUAAAGAUGGAAAAACCAUCUAUGAUCAUUGAGUCCCACAGAUAACCCUGCACCACCAUCUUCCCCACUACGUCAUGUCCCUGAGUGCCGUAUCUACACGCCUUUUGGAUACUUCCAGGGAUGGUGACUCUACCCCUUCCCUGGGCACUCUGUUCCAAUGCUUGAUAAUCUUUUCAGU